AUACGGGUGGGCUAAACUACCCGGAAGUUCAAGAUAUUGCUUGCGGAAGUUCUUGCACCUCAGUUCAAUGUGACUUUAUCGAAACAUUUCUGCAAAAUAUUAAGAUAAAAUGUUUCUCACUGCCGUGAACCUUGCUAAGGCCAAAUCGAAGACUGUUUUGGUGCAGAUGAUGAGUGCUGCAGGGACAGGUUACUGCUUCAACACCAAGAGAGGACGACUCCGAGAAAAACUGGUGUUGAGGAAACACGACCCUAUAGUGAACAAGCAUGUCCUGUUCCUCGAGAAGAAGAAGAUUCGCUCUCUUUAAACAUGGACUUUUCUCUUGAAGAAUUUUAGUCUGGUGGAUUUAAAUAUAAACUGUUUCAAAUAGCAAGUAGCGCUGAAGCAGCUAUGAGUAAGAGCUCUGAUCUACACUGAACACUUCUGACAGAUCAGCAUUACAUGAAGCAUGACAACAUGUAACAGUGGAUCCAGAAUCCUGUGACGGAGUGAGAAGCACCGCUCUGAGAAGAAAUGCACUGGCUAAGCAUUUAUAUUUAGUAGUUGUUUUUUUUUUUUGAUUUUUUUUUUUUUAGGACUCUAAUAACUCCGUAAAAUUAAAUAAAGAAAAGAAAAAAAAAGGUUGUAUCACAGAGGUGU